AUGCUUUCAGCCCUCCGCAGCUGCACCGGCCGGAGCCUCCGCUCCACACCGGCCCGCCUCCGCUCCUGCAGACCCAGUGUCGCCGCCGUCGCCGCCACCACCACCCCAUUCCGACGCAGCACUGCGUACGCCUCGACCUCCGCCGCAGACAGCAGCCCGCUGUCGACCCGGUCGACGGUGAUCCAGCUCCUCAACAACAUCGGCUCCAAGCGCGAGGUCGAGCAGUAUCUCUCGCACUUCACGUCGGUGCAGUCGCAGCAGUUCGCCGUCAUCAAGGUCGGCGGUGCCAUCAUCACCGAGCAGCUCGAAUCUCUCGCCUCUUCCCUGGCGUUCCUGAACCAUGUCGGACUUUACCCAGUCGUUGUCCACGGGGCAGGCCCCCAGCUCAAUAAGCUCCUGGAAGAUGCUGGCGUAGAGCCCCAGUUCGAGGAGGGAAUCCGCGUCACCGAUGGAAAGACGCUAGCCAUUGCUAGAAAGUUGUUCCUGGAUGAGAACUUGAAGCUCGUCGAGGCGUUGGAGAAGAUGGGCGUGCGUGCGAGACCCAUCACUGGUGGUGUCUUCGAGGCGGAUUACUUGGACCGUGAGAAGUACCAGUUCGUCGGUAAAAUCGGAAAGGUCAACAAGAACCCCAUCGAGGCUGCCAUCCAGGCUGGCUGUCUUCCCAUUCUUACGUCUACCGCCGAGACCCCCGAAGGUCAACUGCUCAAUGUCAAUGCCGACGUUGCGGCUGGAGAGUUGGCUCGUGCCCUGCAACCGCUCAAGAUCGUCUACCUGUCGGAGAAGGGUGGCCUGUUCAACGGGGAGACCAAUGAGAAGAUCUCGACUAUCAACUUGGACGAGGAGUACGAUCACUUGAUGUCGCAGUGGUGGUGCAGAUACGGUACCCGGUUGAAGAUUAGGGAGAUCAAGGAGCUCUUGGACACCCUUCCCCGUACUUCCAGCGUGGCUAUCAUCCACACCGAUGACCUCCAGAAGGAACUCUUUACGGAUACCGGAGCCGGUACUAUGAUUCGCAGAGGACACAAGCUCACCGCGAAGACCAGUCUGAAGGAGUUCUCCGACAGGGAUAAGUUGAGGGAUGUGUUGAUCCGCGCCAAAGCCGAUGGCGGUCGCUACCUUGCAGACCUUGGGUCCAAGUCUUUCAAGGCGUAUGCCGAUGAGCCGCUUGAUGUUCUGGCUGUUGUCUUCCCCAAUGAAGGAUCCGCACCCGCCGUGUUGGACACCUUCACAUCCACCAAGGCCGGAUGGCUCGGCAACGUUGCGGACAAUGUUUUCAACGCCGUCAAGCGGGACUACCCCAAGCUCGUAUGGAGCGUUGAGCAAGGCGACGAGAACCUGGGAUGGCACUUCGACAAGGCGCAGGGUAGCUUCGCCCACGGCGGCAAGGUGCUGUUCUGGUACGGCGCUGAGUCUGCCGAGGAGGUCACCACCAUCAUCGGUGAUCGCGUCGGAGAUGCUGCUGCUGGCGGUUUCUCGAACUCUGUCACCGGCAUCAAACAGCAGGCUCGUGGAUUUUCCACUUCCGCACGCCCCCGGCUCAGCGGGUCGAUCCAGCGGGUUCACGUUUCCGGACGCCGCGGCUUCGCCACCACCAACCCGAACCCCCCAAUGGGCAAGGGCAAUGCCUCCAACACAAAGCCUUCCAGGGUUGCCCUCAUUGGUGCCCGUGGAUACACCGGCCAGGCGUUGAUCAGUCUCCUGAACUCGCACCCCAACUUUGAUCUUACCCACGUUUCGUCCCGCGAACUUGCGGGCAAGAAGCUUGAGGGCUAUACCAGCAAGGACAUCAUCUACCAGAACCUUGGAGUCGAGGACAUUCGACGGAUGGAGGAGAACAACGAGGUCGACUGCUGGGUCAUGGCGUUGCCCAACGGCGUUUGCAAGCCCUUUGUUGACGCCGUCGACGAGGUCGGAAGCGGAAAGAGCGUGAUUGUCGAUUUGAGCGCGGACUACAGAUUCGAGGAGAACUGGACCUAUGGUCUGCCCGAAUUGGUCACGCGUUCGAAGCUUGCUAAGGCCACCCGCAUCUCCAACCCGGGAUGCUACGCCACCGCUGCCCAGCUAGCCAUCUCGCCGCUGGUUCCCUACCUCGGAGGCGACCCAUCGAUCUUCGGUGUGUCCGGCUACUCCGGCGCCGGAACUAAGCCUUCGUCCAAGAACGACACCGAGCAGCUCCGUGAUAACCUGAUGCCGUACUCGUUGACCGACCACAUCCACGAGCGCGAGAUCGGUGCCCAGCUCGGCGUCUCGGUCGGCUUCGUCCCCCACGUCGCCGCCUGGUUCCAGGGAAUCCACCACACGAUAAACAUCCCGCUCAACAAGCAGAUGACUUCGCGUGACAUCCGUAAUCUCUUCCAGGACCGCUACGCCGGCGAGCGUCUGAUCAAGAUUGUGGGCGAGGCCCCAUUGGUCAAGAACAUCUCUGGCAAGCACGGAGUGGAAAUCGGUGGCUUCGGAGUCCAUUCCUCGGGCAAGCGCGUCGUCAUCUGUGCCACGAUCGACAACCUCCUCAAGGGCGCUGCCACCCAGUGUCUGCAGAACAUGAACUUGGCGUUGGGAUACAACGAGUACGAGGGUAUUCCUCUCCCUUAG